AUGACUGGUGCUCCUGCUGCUGCUCCCUCCCCUCAGCCUCCGUUUUUGCCACCUCCACCAAAGCCAACAAAGCCAAAGCUUCCCAAAGAAGAGGUGGAUGCUGUCAAGAGUCUGCUUCGACUUAUGAGUCCAUACUCGCCUUUGGGGCCUGCCUACUUCUCGGCCUUGAGUUGUCAUUAUAUAAAGUUUAGUCUUGUGCUUACAUGCAAUUGCAUGUUGGAGGACAAAACUUGCAGAGUGGUUCUGAUUGAUCUCUCAGGUCAGGAUUUAACCGGUUCUAUACCACCAGAAAUUGGAAACCUAUCUCAUUUGGAAUCACUAUACUUGAGGUCAAAUAGUCUUAAUGGGUCAAUUCCCAACUCUUUUGUGAAGUUGUCUCAGCUUUCGGAACUCAACUUAUGUGAUAACAAGUUGGGAGGACCGCUGCCGAAGUUCCUUCCUGAACUGAAGUCAUUACGAAGCUUAUAUUUGUGCAAUAAUUUGUUUAAUGAAUCAAUUCCACCGGAAAUCGGAGGUUGUCCAAAGCUUGAAUACCUGUCUUUAUAUAAUAAUUCUUUGUGGGGGAAAUUGCCAGAUGAGUUGGGCCAUGUUUCAACACUUCGAGGACUGAAUUUGGCUGAAAAUCAAUUUGGGGGUCGGCUUCCUGAAUCACUGGGAAGGCUAGCUCAUCUUGAAGAGAUGUAUGUGAUGAACAAUCUUUUUGAUGAUCAGUUGCCUCAAAGCUUUCAGAGCUUGAAAAAGUUGAAGUCUUUCAAUAUUCGAGGAAAUGCUUUCAACAAGAGCAUCCCCGGAUAUAUUUUCGAGUGGCACAAACUUCAAAGCUUGUCACUGAUGGGAAACAAUUUUGAAGGGCAUUUACCUGAAAUCUUAGGAUUGCCAAGGCUGACUUACCUGGCCAUAAAUAACUUACCUGGAGGAAAGCCAGGUGUUUUAUUUCCUGAUAUUCGCAAUAUGGUGUCUCUGACAUCCUUGACAUUGAGGAAUUGUUCACUCACUGGUUCAAUUCCUGAUUAUAUCUGGGGGUUCAAAUACCUGCUUUACCUGGACUUGAGUUUCAAUAAUUUGAUGGGGAUAAUUCCACCAGACUUGAACCAGUUCCAGCCAAAGUUCAUCUUUCUUAGAAGUAACAACCUCAAUGGGGCAGUACCUGGAUGGCUGACGAGCUUGAGUGACUCUGGCUCAUAUGUGGAUGUUUCUGAAAAUUCCUUUACAAAUGUGAACUUGACUAACGGCAAUAUAUCUUCAAAUCUGAACUUGUUCGAAUGCUGCUCUCAAUAUAGUGAUACGAGACCGAAAUGGCAACAAGCUGGCUACCACUGUGACAAUGACACACCAAGUUAUGAUCAUUUGUACAUUAAUUGUGGGGGAAAUGCAACAUCAGUAGAUGACCGUGAUUAUGAAGCUGAUACGCAAUCAUAUGGUGGAUCAACUUUCUUUCUGAGUACAAAUAAGACUUGGGCUUAUAGUAGUAUGGGAACGUUCCUGGAAACAGAUGACGAUGAAUUCAUUCUAAAUAAAACAUGCAAUAUAUCCAACAGUGAUGCAUCUUUGUACUCAAAUGCGCGCAUAGCUCCAAUAUCGUUGAAAUAUUAUGGAUUUUGUUUGAAAAAUGACACAUACACGGUUAAACUUCACUUUGCUGAAAUAGGAUGGGAUACAAAUACAUCUUCUACAAUCAGGAAGAGAGUUUUUGAUGUGGAAGUUCAGGGCGGCCAGUAUUACCUGAGAGAUUUUGAUAUACAAAAAGAGGCAGGAGAUGUCAAUAAGGUGAGAACCAAGGAGUUCAAUGUAUCUGUAAAUGACUCAAGACUGGAGAUUCAUUUAUAUUGGACUGGGAAAGGUUCAACUUACAACCCAACAAAAUACUAUGGUCCCUCAAUAUCAGCUAUUUCCGUUUAUCCUGUACGUAGGGAACCAGAACCAGUUCCAAGGAACGACAAAAUUUCUUCCUCUGCUAUUGCCGGGAUAGUUGGAUCUGCGCUGGUUUUUGGCAUAUUAAUCUUGGCUCUAUCCUGGGCAUUAGUCAGGAUUCGUCUUAGAAAGCUCAGAGAUCCCGGAUUCAAAGAUUUCGACUUCAACAAAUUAAAUGCUGCCACCAAUGGUUUUGAUUCUGCUAACAAGAUAGAUGUAGCUGGGAAUGUCUACAGGGGUGAACUCGAUGGGAUUCAAGUAGCGGUCAAACAGCUUUCAGCGAAAUCAGAAGAAGGGGCCCAUGAAUUCAUAACCGCAAUGGGUACAAUUUCUGCACUAAAACAUCCAAAUCUUGCAACGCUAGUGGGAUCCUGUGCCGAGAAAAACCUACUUGUCUACAAGUACAUGGAAAAUGUCUCCCUUCAACAUGCAUUAUUUGGUCCAGCAGAAGUCAAAUCAGAACUAAAUUGGGAAACAAGGUAUAAGAUUUGCCUUGGGGUGGCAGAAGGUUUGGCUUGUCUUCAUGAGUCCAAACAAGUAAUACACUGCAAUAUCAAACCAACAAACAUACUUCUUGACAAGGAUUUUACCGUGAAGAUAUCCGAUUUCGAAUACUCCCAAUUUCAUGAUUCUAAGCAUGUUGAUGCCCAGCCCAAUAAAGACGAAACUGGUCUUGGCAGUAUGCCAAAACCAAAAAUGACGGGACAUAUGGCACCUGAGCAGGAAAAAGGCAACCGCUUAACACCUAAAGCAGAUGUUUUUAGCUUUGGAAUGAUCACACUUGAAAUUGUUAGCGGACAGGAAAUUUGCCCAUUGGGGUCAAAGGAUUCAAAUGACUACCUUCCGGUUAAGGCUUUAAACAACCAGGUGGAGGGGAAAGCUUACAGCUUUAGUUGA